UGGGGACUUUAAGAGAUGCGAACAGCGAAGCGCAGAGAUCGAAGAAGCUCCAUGGAGAACCCAAGAGCCAACUACGGCAGUGCGCAACAAAGGAAGGGCCGUGGGCGUAGAGUGGUUCUUUUCCCACUGCCUCUGCAAGGCCACAUAAACCCUAUGCUUCAGCUUGCAAAUAUCCUCUACUCCAAAGGCUUUUCCAUCACCAUAAUUCACACCCACUUCAAUUCCCCCAACUCUUCCAACCACCCCUCCUUCACCUUCCAUUCAAUCCCCGACAGCUUGUUGGAGAGUGAAGCGUCCACUGCAGAUGUCAUAGCGCUCGUCACACUCCUUAAUGUCAACUGUGUCACGCCCUUCCGGGAUUGCCUGGCUAAGUUGUUGUCCGUUCCUCUCGAGGAUCCCAUUGCUUGCAUAAUUACUGAUGCCAUCUGGCACUUCACCCAAGCUGUUGCCGACAGCUUUAAUCUCCCCAGGAUCGUGUUACGCACUAGUAAUGUCGCUUCAUUUCUUGGUUUCGCCUGCUUUCCAUUUCUGCGGGAAAUGGGUUACCUCCCCAUACAAGAGUCUCAAUUAGCAGCAGCUGUACCAAAUCUUCCACCACUUAAAGUCAAAGACAUUCCGUUGAUUGACACGAGAAAUCAGGAGGACUUGUACGGACUAAUAUCCAGCAUGGUAAAAGAAAUCAAGGGCUCCUCAGGGCUUAUAUGGAACUCAGUUGAAGAGCUUGAGCAAUCUGAACUGAUCACAGUCGGCCAGGAUUUUGCCAUCCCAGUGUAUCCAAUAGGCCCAUUUCACAGCUACUUUCCAGCCUCAUCAAGUAGCUUACUAACACAAGACCAGAGUUGCCUUUCCUGGCUAAACACACAAGCGCCAAAAUCCGUGCUCUACGUGAGCUUUGGGAGUAUUGCGACACUCAGUGACACAGAGUUUACAGAGAUAGCUUGGGGGCUAGCAAGCAGCAACCAACCCUUCUUGUGGGUGGUCCGACCAGGGUUAGUCCGUGGGUCCACUACAAAAAUGUGAAGGCGUACCAAGACAUGGUGCUGAUGCUCCCAUGGAGGACAUGAAGACCUCAACCUGUCGCAGGCGCUGCUCCAACAGGUCAUUCCUCGCUCGCUCAGCCUGUAGCUCCGCUUGCAUCUCU